AUCUAUGCUUCUGACACAGACAGAUAUGUGGAUAUAUGUCUGAUGUGACGAUGAUGUACUUAAACUAGUGAUAAAGCUCUUAAUUAAUUACUAAAUGAUGAAAAGAAACGAAUUGCAGCAGGUUUCUGCUUUAGAUAUGAAAAAGAAACGACGACUAGCUCAUUGCCAGAAAACGAGACUGUUGCUUGCGACAAACUGAUUUCUGACGCACCAUUUACAGAAACUAAAUCUCAACAUUAGUGGUUGAAUAUUUGGAAAGAAAGAAAUCUCUCUUUCCUUCUCUGAAACCUGUAAGCUCGAUCGGUGUCUUGUCUAAAAGGGAAAGCAUAUGUAUAUGCUGCGAGUAGACUAUUCAUGAAUUAUAGGGCAUGGGAACCGGUCUACAAUCGGCAGAGUGCUACUUUUCCUGUACGUGGUCCACCCUGACCCAUGUUCCUUCUAUCAAAGAACAAAACUAUGGAUAGCUCGAAUGGGGAAUGCCAAAAAAAUUCAACUCGUUUGGGAAAGGAUUAUAAGAUUGCCGACCAUGCUUACAACCACGAUGUAAAUCUUGGACCUAUGUUAGUGAACUAAUCACUUGGUCCCAAUAACUCGAGUUGUUGGGAAACACGAGGUUUUAGUUUGUACAGGUUGGACAUAUCAUUCCUUGUGCUAAACGAAUCGGCAUGAAAUGGAGGUCUUUAUAUGAGGAUUCGAAACCGGUCAUGAGGUUUUGAUUCUAGACUCUGAUACUAUGUUAGCGAACUAACCACUUGGUCCUAAUAACUCGAGUUGUUGGGAAAUGAAUGGUUAUGCAUUUUAACCUCUUAUACCCAAGACACCAUAUGGAUACUAAGAAUUUCAAUUAUUUAGAUGACAAUCCAUGGUGCGGUUGGUUUGAGUUUUCGAGUUCUAAUCAAUCUCUAUAAAGAUUUUAUCGUUCAUUUUUUUUUAUCGUAACACAUAAUUGUUUUGUACCAUUUUGCAUUAUUCAUACAUAUGAUCCUAAACAACUCAAAAUUUUUAUUUAGCUGUAGAAAACCUCUAGUUUAUUUUCACAAGAUUCCAAAAUCUAAGGCAUACUUAUAAGAAAACUCAUUAUUAUGAUAAAAGAAAACCAUCGGAUUUCAACAAGAGAAAGGAGAUCGAUAGAGAAUCUUUCUUCCUCUCCCCAACCCGCGUUGGAAUUUUCUCGUCAGUCAACCACAUUUCGAAGUGUUAUUAUUAUUAUUACAUGUAAAACUAUUUAUCAAACGUGCCGACGAGAAAAGAUCAAAAGAACAAAUACGCCUCCAACUGCCUCACACCUUCCCUCCCAACCCCAAGUCGUCGUCACAUCUCGGUCGUCUACGCUUUGCAUUGAACCCACCACCACCCUUUGAAAAUUCCCAUUCCUCCAUAUAUAUUAUUAUUAUUAUCUUCUUCUUCUUCUUCUUCAGCUUUAAUUUCUACCAACCCUCCUAUAUAUAUAAAUCCACCACCACCCUCUUCUUCCCAUUUCAACUACACCAACACAAAAUCCAAUUCUUACCCAUCAAUCUACCUCCCAUUUCGAACAAACCCUUUUUCUCCCAGCAGCUAGCGCUCACUCUCUUGUUUCGUAGCUUCGUUCGAUCAAUUCAUUGUUCCUGAACAGAAAGACGACAGUAAUAGCUAGAUCAUAAUAGUAAUUAACAGCUCGACAACAAUGCUGACUGCUUCCCCGCCGUCGCCGUCCUUCUCCCCGAGGAGGACUGCCGCUGCCGCCGGGGCUUCUGCGGUUGGAAGUAGAACCGGCGGGAAGGUGGUGCCGGUGAAAGUGAAGGCGGUGGUUACUGUGAAAGAGACGACGGGCGGGUUCCUUGGGAUAGGGCUCGACGAUAUUUCCGACUUCAUUGGGAGAUCCCUCCGGUUGCACCUCGUCAGCGCCCAACUUCAUCCCGAGACGGGAUUGGAGAAACCGGUUAUCCAAUCACGUACGAAGAAAUUGAGCGAGAAGAACGGAGAGGUCAAGUACGCGACAGAACUUGAAGUCCCUGACGAUUUCGGCGAAGUUGGUGCGGUGAUCGUGGAGAACGAGCACUACAACGAGCUGUUUCUGAACAGCAUUGUGCUCGAUGGCUUCGAGAACGGUCCGGUCAAUGUGGUUUGUGACUCUUGGGUUCAUCCCAGGUCUAAGGACUCCAAGAACAGGGUUUUCUUCACUACCAAGUCGUACUUGCCGUCGGAGACGCCGGACGGUCUCACCAGGUACCGCGCCGAAGAGCUAAGCCUCCUGCGAGGAAAUGGCGAAGGAGAACGCCAGCAAGGCGACCGGAUCUACGACUACGAUGUCUACAACGACCUCGGAAACCCGGACAGCAAUCCGGAUCUCGCCCGACCCGUCCUCGGCGGCAAAGAACACCUAUAUCCUCGCCGGGUCCGCACCGGUCGUCCCCGAACAGAAUCCGAUCCGUUGUCGGAGACGGGGAGCUCCAAUUUCUACGUGCCGCGAGACGAGGAGUUCUCGCAGGUGAAGCAGUCCGCGUUCUCGGCCUCGACGACGUCGGCGGUGCUCCGCGCGGUGGUUCCGGCGGCGGAGACUAUAUUCAUCGACCGGAAUUUAGGGUUUCCUCACUUGACCGCCGUUGAUUCGAUGUACGAUCAAGGCAUCAACCUGCCUCCUCGCACGGCCGAUUCGCCCUGGACAGACAUCGUCCCCAGGCUAGUUAGGACCGUCGUUGAUAGCGCCGAUGACAUUCUGCAGUUCGUGGUCCCUGAUUCGAUGAAGAGGGACAGAUUUUUCUGGUUGAAAGACGAGCAGUUUGGCAGGCAGACUCUUGCUGGUGUCAAUCCUUGCUCCAUAGAACUGGUCAAGGAAUGGCCAUUGACGAGUAAGCUUGACCCAGAGAUUUAUGGUCCACCAGAAUCUGCAAUCACAACUAAGAUUGUUGAGCAGCAAAUUCGUGGCUUCAUGACCCUUGAUGAGGCUAUGAAGCAAAAGAAGCUAUUCAUGUUGGAUUACCAUGACCUACUGCUACCCUUUGUGGGACUGGUGAGGCAGCUGGAAGGAACUACACUGUAUGGGUCACGAGCAUUGUUCUUCCUCACUCCGGUAGGCACAUUGAAGCCGGUGGCAAUCGAGCUGGUCAGGCCGCCAUCCAAGGAAGAUGGGAAGCCGCAAUGGAAGCAAGUCUUUACACCAGCGAAUUGCUCUGCCACUGAGGAGUGGCUAUGGAAGCUGGCGAAAGCGCACGUCCUGGCUCAUGAUUCUGGCUACCAUGAGCUCGUUAGCCACUUUCUGAGAACGCAUGCUUGCUUGGAGCCAUACAUCAUCGCGACGAAUCGUCAGCUGAGUGCUAUGCACCCGAUUCACAGGCUAUUGCUGCCUCACUUCCGUUACACCAUGGAGAUCAACUCUUUGGCUCGCCAAGCUCUGAUCAAUGCGGAUGGCAUCAUUGAAUUGGCCUUCUCUCCUCUCAAAUACUCCAUGCAGCUCGGCUCUGCAGUUUACGACCAGAGGUGGCGGUUUGACUAUGAGGCUCUUCCCAAGGACUUAAUCAGACGGGGAAUGGCCGUGGAAGACCCAUCAGCGCCACACGGCCUGAAGCUAACAAUCGAGGACUAUCCAUACGCCAGCGACGGCCUGAUCCUCUGGGACGGCUUACACCAAUGGGUCGCCGACUACGUCAGCCACUACUACCCUGACCCAUCCCUCAUCACCUCCGACGCAGAGCUCCAAUCCUGGUGGACAGAAAUCCGCACAGUCGGCCAUGGUGACAAGAAAGACGAGCCAUGGUGGCCAUCUCUCGCCACACCAUCCGACCUCAUCGAGAUCGUCACCACCAUAGCAUGGACUGCAUCAGCACAACACGCAGCAGUCAACUUCGGCCAGUACGCCUACGGUGGCUACUUCCCCAACAGGCCUUCCAUCGCCAGAACCAACAUGCCGACGGAGGAUCCCACCGACGAGGCGUGGAAGCAGUUCAUCGACACGCCCGAGAAGGUGCUCCUCGAGAUGUUCCCGUCCCAGUUCCAGGCCGUGGUGGUGAUGGCCAUCCUGGACGUCCUGUCGAACCAUUCGGUCGACGAGGAGUACAUCGGGCAGGUGAUGGAGCCUGCUUGGGGCGACGAUGCGGUGAUCAAGGCCGCGUUCGAGAGGUUCAACGGCAGGAUGAAGGCGCUGGAAGUGGUGAUUGAUGCGAGGAAUGCGAAUGAGAAGUUGAGGAACAGGAAUGGUGCUGGGGUUUUGCCGUAUGAGCUGCUGAAACCAUUUUCUGAGCCUGGUGUUACAGGUAAAGGUGUCCCUUACAGUACCUCCAUUUGAUAUCACCUCCAUUAACUCCCAGAUUCUGCAUAUAGCUUCCAGAUUGCCACUGUGUAUAUGUAAUAAGGGUUAGAGGCCGAUUGCAAUUUCACUUGUCUUGUAAUUUUGUUGAUCUCAAUUCGUUUUUAAUUGCUGCAAUGUAAACAGUUUGUCCGAUGUAACUAAAUCAAUGUAGUUCAGUUCAUGAAGAAUCCCACCCAGUUUUUUUAGUUUUAACUACCACUGUAAAUUCCUAGUAGUCAGUCAUGAUAAUUGGGUCUGCUAGGUUGGUUGUUCAAAUGAAGUGGUUGUCGUGGUAAUCAUUUUAAUCGAUUGUAUUUGAAUAAUUGGUUUGAUUCGGUAAUUCGACUAUGGUACUCAGCAAAAAUAUUUACGAGAAGCAACUCAAAUCAACCGCUGGAAUGGAGGAUUGCAAGUUGCAACAUAAGAUUUUGUUGGGUUACCCAAUGACAAGAGUGGUGGUGACAUCAUUAGCUGUGAAUCAGUACUGCCACUCGGCUUAUUAUGUAGCCAAACCAUAAACUAAUAAACGCUUUUGUAAGUGUUGGGUUAAUUUGGAGAGCCUUCUUCCACUUAGAACAAAGAUUCUCCUCUCAUAAUUCUAUAAAUUUCACCAAUGGCGGAACUAAAAAUUUUAACGGGUUAACUUGAAUUGCGGUAAUUGGGAGAGAAGAGGUAAAGCUCUACCGAUUAUUGUAAUUUUUAAAUUUGUACAAGAUUUACAUAUAUUUUAAAGUUGAGGAGGACUACAUCCCCUCUUGGUUUCAGCCUAGCUCCACCACUGAUUUUCACUCCAUUUUCCCCCACUACACGUAUCUAUAAUACACACUCACGAUUUUGAGAUUACGUUAUGUGCCUAGUUCUGUAUUCAUAAUUCUGACGGUUUGAUCUUUUGAAAAAGUUCUCAAUCUUCAAUUAUAACAAUACGAAAGAGAAAACUUGUCAAUCUGUGCCAAAAUCAAACGGUUUGGUUGCACUUUACGACAUUUAUGGAACUUGCUAUACUAGGCACAAUCGUUUGAAUUAAAUUAGGAAAUAUCCCAUCAGAUUAUCAUAGGUUAAUAGAGUCACUUGAUUUCAUUUGGAUUGAUUGUCCGGAGCUUGAUUCAGAAAAUAUAGAACGGUCUAUAGCUGAAUGAUGUGUUUAGAGCACGACCUCUUAACCAAGCUUUCUGAAUAUCUUCCCAAGAAAACUCUUUAUACACUAACUCAUCAAGGACUGUCAUAAAAUUCUAGGUGAGCAAGUAUAUGAUUUCCAUUUUCCACCCAUUGAGCCCGUAUCGAUUUUAAGUAUGACAGAAGUUGAAUACCAUUCGAUUGCGAAUUCACCCUAAUAUAUGUGAUAGGGUUCAAGAAUCCUAAUACUGCCCAACUAUUUGGCAAACCCCAUGGAAAGUUGGAAACAAACAAAUAUAUAACUAAUCUCUCAUAACAUGGAGGGAGAAAGUCUCACUGUUCGUUGUACGAGGUCUCAAAGGACAACGAUUUCUUUUUUGUGACGAUUAUCUAUUUUAACUUUUUAAGGCACAGUACUAUUACUAUACAUAUAUAAUGAUGUGCAAGUGAAUGGUCGAUAUGGGUCUAAAAGAUAAGGUAUGAAUUGAUAAUUGACAAAUGCUUAUGAAUUUCUAUUUUGGUCUUCUUUGUUCAAUAAUUGAGUGUGAAAUUUGUCCAAUUGGUAAGUGUCCAAAAUUUAACAGCAACAAUAUAGAUGUUGGUUAAAGAACAGCCAUAUAGAUAUAGGACAUUCAUGGUUUGGUUGACAAAUUGGUAAAAAAACUCCUUUCAUUAAUCAGUGUUUCGAUGAUGUUACGCAUGGUUAUGCGUAUACAGAUACUUCGAUUCGGAUUGGGUCACAAAUCAAUGAUUUCAAUGGAAUCGGAUAUGAAUUACGAAUAAAGUUCGAUUCAUGCAUCAACAUCUCUGACCAAAUAUGAGAAGUUUUCAGUUUUGUUAUUUAUUGAAUUCCUUAAAUUAGAAAUACAAUAUCACAAAUGUAUACCACACCGAUACAAGUUGGACAAAUACUCUACUUGAUAAGAUAAGGCUCGUCGUUCAGAUUAUUUUGAACAUGAAAUCACAUUGUGAGAUUGUUAACAUAAGAGACUUUACAAAAUCACAAUAACUGAUUUAUGAUAAUAAACCAACAUAAAUUGGACGCAUACUUUUGUUUUAACUUUUAAGAGACAAUAUGUGUCAUUCAAAUAUGUAAACACACGAAACGAUUUCCCACGGUGCGAGACUUUACAACGAACCCAAUUGUCAGUCCCCCACUAAUUACAGAGAUUGAUGUAACGUGAGCCGAUAAAAUUCGAACAAACACAAUAUUUUUAAGAGACGAAAUUCGUCAUUCUAAUUACUCGAACACAUAAAAACGUUUGACGUUGUGAGUCACUCUACGAGCAACCCAAUUAGGUGAAUUGGGGUUUUUUGGUGGUAACUAAUUUGUUGAUUACUCGGAUUUUCUGGCGAGUCACUAGUCAGCGUCACCGAGGGAGGACCACAUGAUAUGUGACCAACAAGUCGUGGCAAAAAUGAAAGACGAGUUUUUAGCCACCAAAUGCCCUUGUGAAAAUAAUUGGAAAAUAUCCAACCUACCAUGGUUUUGGAAACUUGCUCAAAUGACAAAAGAUUGGCAUUUUCUAAACUUGCUCAAACAGCUCAAGUCUGGAAGGUAUUGAGCCAUUGAUUAGACUUGAUCGGCAUCUAAAUUACAUCUGUUUGAUGAAAACGAUACUAUAUGGUAGAAGAUCCCGCAUCCCUAUCAAGCAUCUUAGAAUGAAAACGGGGUUGCACG